AUGCUGUCGGCAGCCCUGGCGCCCACACCGCUGUUUCUAGACGGCGUGGAGGCGCCGCGGAACUUCAACCCGGCGCCCGCGCCGUUCGCCCUCGUGGUGCAGGAGCUUUUCCUCCGGCUCGAGGCCGUGUGCGCCGCCAACAAGGCGCCGUUCGGCUCGGUGGGCGAGAAGAAGAGCCACGUCAUUGCCCAGUUUGUGCACACGUGGCGCACGCAUUUCGGCAGCGACAUCUACCCCGCGGCGCGGCUCGUCUUGCCGCACCGCGACCCCCGGCGGUAUCACGUCCAGGACGGGGCGCUCACGCGGCUCGUGGUGCGGCUCUUGCGGCUCCAGAAAGGCCUGGCGGACCACGACUUGGUGGCGCACUGGCGGCGCGACCACCACCACAAAGCGCGGCUCGCGGGCCGGCGCGAGCGGCGCGGCACGGGCGACUUCCCGCUCCUCGUGCUGCGGCUCGUGCAGCGGCGGCGCGACCCCGCGCACCCGGUGGCCUCCUCCGUGUCGGUGGCGGACGUGAACGCGGCGUUGGACGCGGCGGCAGGCCUGCGGCAGGCCACGGAGCAGGCCGCGGCGCUCGCGCCGCUCGUGGCGCGGAUGACCGUGGCGGAGGUGCGCGUGUUCUUUGGGAUCUUGCUCCAGCAGCCCAUGCUCUCGUUCUACGAGCGCAGUUUCUUCGACGCGUGGCACGCGGACGCGUACGCGCUCGCGCAGGUGUGCGGCGACUUGGCCACGGUGUUGUGGGCGCUGGCGGACCCGCGGCGGCGGUUUUCGGCGGCGCAGCUCUGCGUGCAGCCGAUGCACCAGUUCGUGCCGCAGGCGCUGCACAAGCUCACGGUGUCGUACGCCGAGCUCUGCCGCAAGAUGGCCCAGCCGCUCGUGCGCGAGGGCAGGGACCCCGGCUUGGUGCGCAUGUACGACGCGCAGCGCCUCCAGGGCCGCUUCCUCAUCGAGGAGAAGAUCGACGGCGACCGCAUGCUCAUGCACAUGGCCGGCGGCCGCUUCCGCUGGCACACGCGCCGCCGCCGCGACUACACGCCCGUGUACGGCGAGACCACGCACGGCGGCUCGCUCGCGCCGCACCUCGGCGGCGCGUUCGCCGACAACGUGCACAGCGUGGUGCUCGACGGCGAGAUGGUGGCCUGGAGCAGCGCCCGCCAGUGCGUGCUCCCGUUCGGCUCGUUGCGCUCCGCGGCCGUGCACGAGGCGCUCAAGCAGCGCGCCGCCGUGGACGUGUACGCGGGCAACGACAGCUGGCCCAUGUACAUUGUGUUCGACAUUGUGCACCUCAACGGGCGCGACUUGACGCGGCUCCCGCUCUUCUACCGCAAGAGCGUGCUCCUGGCGGUGGUGCGCGAGGUGCCGCGGCGGCUCGAGGUGCUCCGCUGGAUAAAGGCCGCCGGGCCCGCGGACAUCGAGGCCAACAUGCGCCGCAUCGUGUGCGCCAACAACGAGGGCAUCAUGGUCAAGUCGCUCUUGCUGAAGUACCGCGUGCACAGCCGCGACCUGACGUGGAUCAAGGUCAAGCCCGAGUACCUCGAGAGCUUCGGCGAGAACCUCGACCUCGUGGUCAUCGGCAAGACCGGCCGCGUCAAGACGGCGUACUUCUGCGGGCUCCGCGACGACGCGCACGGCGGCACGCACAAGCUGUUCUGCGCCGUGGCCAACGGCUUCUCCGCCGCCGUGUACCGCCACAUCGAGUCCGCGCUCGGCCCGUUCUGGCAGGACCACGCCGCGUGCCCGCCGCCGCCGGACGUCGUGCAGUUUGGCGCCAAGAAACCCGCGUUCUGGGUGCACCCGGCCCACCUGGUGGUCUUGGAGAUCAAGGCCCGCUCCGUCGACUCCGCCGCCGGCUCGUCCUACGCGGCCGGCUCCACCUUGCACAACCUCUGGUGCCGCGCCGUGCGCGACGACAAGUCCUACGACGAGUGCCUCAGUCUCCAGGACUACCACGAGCUCCGCCGCCGCCACUCGCGCGACCCCGGCAAGCCGCAGCGGGUCAACCGCGACCGCAGGCUCGACCACGCCGACUCCAUCUACCAGAAGUACGCCGUGGCCGGGCCGCCGCCGCCACUGCCGGCCGCUAACCGCUCCGAGCUCUUUGCGGGCUUGGUGCUCGUCGUGGCCACGGACUCCCACGACCCCGCCACGGGCGUCGCCGUGCCGGCCGCCGACACGCGCCGCGUGGCCGCAAGCCACGGCGCGGACGUGUGGCUCGACGUGCGCCCCGACGAUUUGCGCGUGCUCUCGGUCUUGCUUGUGGGCGAGGUGGCCACGCCGCGCGUGCGCCGCUGGAUCGCGGACGGCUUCGACGUGCUCCGGCCGCGCUGGGUCCACGAGUGCGUGCGGCGCGGGCGCCUCGUGCCGCUCGAGCCGCAGUAUGUGUUUUGCGCCAACUCCGCGGCGUUCCAGCGUGCGCUCGGUGCGCGUGUCGACGUGUUCGGCGACAGUUAUACGGAGGGCGGCGUGUCGUCGUCGGGCUUUCUCGCGUACCUUGCGGGCUUGCCCGUGGACAGCCCGCUCAGUGCGGGCCAGUCGGAGUUUGAAGACCGCCAGUCCGAGUUUGAGCCCGAAGCCGAGCCUAUCGCCGACGCCCCGGCGCUUUUCCGCGGCGCCUCGUUCUACGUGGUGCCUGCCCCGGGGCUUGCCGGGUCCGCCGAGCAGGCCCGCAUCCAGCGCCGCAUCGAGCGCUUCGCCGGCCGCGUGGCGCCCGGCCCGGUGGGCUGCGGCUACAUCGUCAUGCCGCAGUCUUUGGUGGACUCGGGCUCGGCCCAGCAGGCGCAGAACGAAGUGCGGGCCCAAAUCGCCCGCUCGUUUGGCGAGCACUCGCGCCUCGCGUACAUCGUGGCCGAGCGCUUCUUGCGUGCCAGCAUCGACGCCGGCGAGUUGGCCGACCCGGCGCUGUUCGGGCUUGAUGGCUGA